CCGUGUUUCUUCAGAGAGAACAGAGAUCCAGGGUUUGGAGCUAGCUUUCUUUUCAUAAUAUAUCAAUUGCAAAAAUUUACACAAAUGGGAAGAAUAAUUUCAUCAGUGACAGUGCUUUUACUGGGGUUUGUGACUUCUAAAGCUUUUGACAUUAAGAUUACACCUGACUACAACGUUCCUGCUCAGAUUGGAGAUAAACUUGAGUUGACCUGUAGUACUACUGGCUGUGAAUCCCCAAGUUUCUCUUGGAGAACCCAGAUGGACAACCCCCUAGGUGGGUCAGUGACCAACAUGGGGAGCAGCUCCAUCUUGACCAUGGAUCCUGUUGGCAUUGAGAAUGAGCAUGAGUAUCUCUGCAGUGCAUGUUGUGGCAGUCAGAAAGAAGAAAGAAGCAUCAGGGUUGAUGUUUACUCUUUUCCCAGUGAUCCAGUCAUUGAGAUCAGCACACCCCUGAAUGUUGGGGAAAAAGCCAAUAUCACCUGUAUGGUUCCCAAAGUGUAUCCUUCUGAGCGUUUGACAAUGCAGCUGAAGAAAGAUGGAUCUGUUCUUGGCAUGAAAGAAUUUUUUGGGGAAGGAAGCACCGUAACCACAGAGACAAAAAGUCUGCCAUUGACUUUUAUCCCCACCUUUGAAGACAUUGGGAAAGCGAUUACUUGUGUGGCUGAAUUACCAAUUGAUGAAAUGGAAUUUGAACCCAAGAAAAGACAGACUUCACAGAGAUUGAGUGUAAACUAUGGACCAAGAAAUACGACGGUCUCUGUCACCCCCUCCACCACAGUGAAAGAAGGGGGAGCUGUGACAAUGACAUGUACCAGCUAUGGUAAUCCAUCUCCAAAGAUCUCCUGGACAAAGCAUUCGAUCAGUGGAGAGUCGCAGUUUCUUUCUGAAAAUGCAACUUUAACUAUAAAUAACGUAAAGGCUGAAGACUUGGGGCUUUAUGAGUGUGAAGGAGUUAACCAGUUUGGAAGAGAGAAGAAAACUGUGGACUUAACUGUUCAAGAAAUGGUGAAAGAAACAGAUUUUGUGAUUCCUGUGAUUGUUGUGCUCUCUUGUUUAUCAACAGUGGCAACCCCUGCACUUGCAAUAUUGGUUUACAGGUCAAGGAAAGCAAAGAUAAAUGGAUCUUACAGUCCUGUAAAUGCACCAAAACCAAAUGUUUAAGCAAGUGACUUACCUUCUUCAUUCCAUGACCUUAUAUGACAUGCAAGUGACUUUUUGUAACACUGUCGUGAAAAACAUGAAAAAAUGUUCUGUACUGUGAUAAAUACAACAGCCUUUACAUUAAAGGGAAAAAUAAGACACUGCCUUAGAAAUAGGUGAAUUGCUUCCCUAAUGAAGCAUGCUCAACAAGAAGAGUUCUUUGAAGUGCUAAGUUUGUAGAUAGUAUCCCAUUUCCUAUACAUAUGUAUUAUAAACACAUUCAAGUGAACACCAGUUUGGAAAUUCCAAUAUCCUAUUGCAGCUGUACAUAGAACUGUUGUUUCCUGAGAUAUAAACCAACACUAUUUGAACUGAUUAGACUAUUUUGGCAUUACUUAAUAGUGAGUGUUUUAAAUAUAAUUUGUGUAAAUGUUUGGUCGUGGUACUUUCCUACUGCAUGUAAUGUGUUCCAGGUCCUCCUCUUAUUUAUGCCAACAUAACUCCAUUGGCUCCAGUAAAAGUGCAUAGUAUAAAUGAGAAGAGAAUUUGGCCUUUUGUUUCUAAUUAAUUGUCACAAAUGUAAAUCCUUCAGAGUCAAUUAAAAACUUUUAAACUUUUGUUUAAUAAAUGUGCCAAAGCUUUUGAUACGCAUGUAACAAUUAUAAAUGUAAUUCAGCAAGUAUCUGUUUGGGGUUAAGAUAUAAUCAACUAUAACAUGUGAGAUGUACAAUGGUAUGGUAUUUAUUUGGGGUCUUGUUACUUCAAAGUAUAUAGCAAGAUUUUCAUUGACUUCACUGUGUGCAGGCCCAUAAUUUAGAAGUUAACUCUAAAUAGACAUGCUUUAUAGACUUUUGCACUAAAAUAAAUCCACCUUGGGGUAUUGCCGUUAAUCAUAAAUGGUAAUAAGGCUCCAAUACACAUAUUCAACUCUUAUUGAAUAGACACAGAAUUUGUGAUCUAACAUAUUUAGAUGAAGUUUCUAAAUAUUUCACUGUCUCCUGUUCUUGGUACUGUAUUUUUGUUCAUAGAAAUGUUUAUUCAGUUGAAAUUCCCAACCAAUGCCCAUGUAAUAGUGAGAUGCAACAUGUAUGUUUACUUUAUUCCCACUUGUUAAUCCUUAUUUCUUUAAAAAGCAAAGUGGUCAAAAUGCUGAAACUAGGUGGUGUAUUUAUUUAUUUUGUUUUCUAUCUUGUAUGGUGUGUGUAACAAUAAUGGGACCCAGGACACAGACUGGCCUGUAUGAGGGAAAACUCAGAGAGUUAAUGUGUAUAUUCUAUAGAUGGCACCAACACAAAAGCAGCAGUUGCAGUAGAUUUAGUAAGUAUUAUGAAUUAGUUGUCACAAAGCAGUAUAUGGUCCUGGGUACUAGAAAAUUCUGUCAGGAGAAAAAAUGAAGAGAUGCCAGUCUGUUAAUCUAUGUAAAAGACACCUAACAUGCUGCUUCUGCCAAUCCUGAAGAAAGAAAGAUCUUCCCUAGUUAAGGAAGCAUGCGAUAAAGCAGGACUCAGGGCCUGGAGCACAACUCCAAGGGAGUAAAAAGUCUGCCAGGGUCAUCUCUUCUUAACAAUACAUUGGGCCUGGCUGGGCCUCUCAGAGUUGAAUUUGCCCCCUAGAACUUCACACUGGUUCUCUCCCUUCUGCUUGGAAAGCGGAACCACAGCUUCUGUGGUAUCAUUGAGAUACUGGCAGGCCUCGUGGCAACCUGUGCCAAGGCUUUAGGCCUCAGCCAAACACUGACAAAGUAAUUGCUGGGAACCUGGUCUUUGUGUUAGUAUGGUUAAGAGGGUAUUGAACUUAUAUCAAUGUGUUUAGUGUUUAGACCUUAUGAAAUGCUUAUAAGUUGCAACAUGCCUUAAUGUCACAGAUCAUUUCUUUAUCACAUGCUAUGCGGUAACAUUUAAGUUUUUGCUUUGUAACUAUAGAACUGUGAACCAGGCAGGAGGGAUCAUCUCCUGCCCCUCAAGAAGGCCUAUCAAAAAUAAGUGUGCCACUGUGGAACAUCACAAUACAAAGACAUUGUUAAUUAUCCCCUUGCACCCAUGAAGAGGCUAUGUGCAAAAGGGCUUGUCCCAUAAGCUUGAAUUCUGGAAGAAGAAAAUAAAAACAGCUGACAAGAAAUUUUUUUCAUCUCUUUUUCUGUUCGACUCUUACAGGGCCAGAGCUACGAAAGAGAAUCUGAGAUCCCCAGGGUCAAUCUGGGUUAGCCCUAAAAGACAUUUAGAGCUGACAGAUCACUACAACCUUAUCACUUUGUAAAACCAUAGACUAACUCAUUUGUAUGUAUGCUUGCCACCUUUAACUUUGUAAUAAUUCUAAUUCUUUUCUUAGUUAAUAAAUCCUUAGAUAGUUUACUAUA